CGCGAAUGUCUGAGGCUGGGAGUGGCCCUGUAAAUGGCCGCGAUACUGACACGACUAUUCGAUUUCCCUACCAUUAUCGUCGCUACUCCGCCCUUCCCCUCUGAGCACAUACUCCACAUCGGUUGACAUUACAAUUAUGAGUCUAAAGCGUAAAGCGGCGGCUGCGGCUACCGACGCGUCCAAGAAGCCUAAGCAGAAUGGCAGCAUCACCGCCUUCUUCGGCGCGCCAAAACCCAACCCCAACGCGCCAGCCAAACAGAGCGCUGCAGCAGCAAAGUUCGACAAAGACGCAUGGGUCGCCAAACUCACAGACGAACAGAAAGAGCUGCUGCAACUUGAGCUAGACACACUACAUGAGAGCUGGCUGCCGCACGUCAAGGAUGUGCUACUUACUCCUCAAUUUCUCGAGUUGAAGAGGUUCUUGAAGAAAGAGCUGAAUAGCGGAAAGACGGUAUACCCGCCGAUGCAGGAUGUCUACUCAUGGUCGCGGCAUACACCCCUCAAUACCGUCAAAGUCGUCAUCACAGGUCAAGACCCAUACCACGGUCCUAAUCAAGCCCACGGCCUCUGCUUCUCCAUCCGCCCACCGAACCCUGCGCCCCCGUCGCUUCAGAACAUCUACAAAGCCCUGAAGAAAGAGUACCCAGACUACCAGCCACCGCCAAACAGAGGCGGUCUUCUAACGCCAUGGGCUGAUCGUGGUGUUUUGCUCAUCAACACUUGUCUCACUGUCCGUCGUGGCGAGGCAAAUUCACACUCAGGCAAAGGCUGGGAGCUUCUCAUGCAAAAGGUCAUCGACACUGUUGCAAAGGUACGGACAAACGGUGUUGUAUUUUUGGCUUGGGGCUCGCCGGCCCAACAGAGGACCAAGGGUAUUCCGGUCGAUAAGCACCUCGUGUUGAAAAGUGUACAUCCAAGCCCGCUGAGUGCCGCGAGGGGUUUUUUCGAUGCCGGUCAUUUCAGGAAGUGCAAUGCAUGGUUAGAGCAACGCUAUGGCAAAGAUGGCGGCAUUGACUGGGACCUGAAUGUUGAUGCCGAAAAGGCCAAAGUUGAUGCCCCAAAAACCAGCGUCGAUACCGAAAAGACCAACGUCGAUACUGAGAAGACCAGCGUUGAGGCCGAGAAGACUAGUGAUGAUGCCGAGAAGACUGGUGUCGAUGCUGAAAAGACCGAGCUAUAGCUGUUUGGGUUUUGUGUUCGAGCUUCUCGGAAUCUUGGGGUUGGCGUACGGCGUUGCUUAUAACCUCUGCUUUGAAGUUUUUAUCCAGAGUUGGGCAACCAAAGAGCAGAUGUAGGAAUGUGACUAAACUCACUGUAAAGACGACAACCAUUUCGGAGCAUGAUUUCAAUUUUAAUACCCUCACCUCAGCCUUCUGUUCUCCCUGAAA